UGACAGAGCGGGAGCGGUUUGGAGAGGAAGAAUGGCGGAUUCAUGCCCAGCCAGCACCGCGACGGUCGGGGCCGCAGGCUCCAACAGCGCCGCCGCUGCUGCCGCUACCACUGCCGCCCCGGCUGGCACGGUGGCGCAGGAUGGAACGCCCGCAGCUGCGGGACCCAAGGCCGAGUCCGUGAAGGGACAGAUUUUCGAUGUGGGCCCCCGCUACACGAACCUGUCUUAUAUCGGGGAGGGGGCGUACGGAAUGGUCUGCUCUGCUCAUGACAACGUCUCAACCCAGCGCGUAGCCAUCAAGAAAAUCAGCCCAUUUGAGCACCAGACAUAUUGCCAGCGCACACUGAGGGAAAUCAAGAUCCUGCUGCGUUUCCACCAUGAGAAUAUCAUCGGCAUCAACGACAUUCUCAGGGCACGGCACAUUGACAGCAUGAGGGAUGUCUACAUCGUGCAGACCCUGAUGGAGACGGACCUGUACAAGCUGCUGAAGACCCAGAGGCUGAGCAACGACCACGUCUGCUAUUUCCUCUACCAGAUCCUGCGAGGCCUCAAGUACAUUCACUCGGCCAACGUGUUGCACCGUGACCUCAAGCCCUCCAACCUGCUCAUCAACACUACCUGUGACCUUAAGAUCUGUGACUUUGGCUUGGCGCGGAUAGCCGACCCUGAGCACGACCACACCGGGUUCUUGACCGAGUACGUGGCUACGCGUUGGUACAGGGCUCCAGAAAUCAUGCUCAACUCAAAGGGCUACUCCAAGUCCAUUGACAUCUGGUCAGUGGGCUGCAUCCUGGCUGAGAUGUUGUCCAACAGGCCCAUCUUCCCCGGGAAACACUACCUGGACCAGCUCAACCACAUACUGGGUGUCCUCGGCUCUCCUUCUCAGGACGAUCUGAACUGCAUCAUCAACAUGAAGGCGAGGAACUACCUGCAGUCCCUCCCUCAUAAACCCAGAAUCCCCUGGGAAACACUCUACAAGGCGGACUCAAAAGCUCUGGACCUGCUGGGUCGCAUGUUGACCUUUAACCCUGUGAAGCGCAUCAGCGUUGAGGAGGCCCUGGCUCAUCCUUACCUGGAGCAGUACUACGACCCCUCAGAUGAGCCAGUAGCAGAGGAGCCCUUCACUUUCUCCAUGGAACUGGACGACCUUCCCAAAGAGAAGCUGAAGGAACUGAUCUACGAGGAAACCGCUCGUUUCCAGGCAACCUACCAGGGCUCCUGAGACACAAAGCCCUAAAGAGUGACAAAGCCACACAGAAGCUUUGAGCGAGAAGACCCCAAACGACAUGCUAAAACAAAAAGAAAAAAACGCAUCUUCAAGAAACCAACAAAAAGAGAAAACAAGAAAUGAACAUUUAACUGCUUAUCUUUCCAUUUUCUACUGCAAGAGAGCUAAGUUUAACUUUGAUUUCUGUGGUUGGGUGGGGUGGUAGGGUCUGUUGUACUCAUACUGUUUCAGUUUUGUCCAUGUUGGACUCGCCCUCCUCUCACCUCACAUUUUGUUUUUCCUGUUAAAAGUCUUGCCUCAUCCUGUCCCAUCUCCAGUAACUCUCUGUCCCCUCCUGUCCGGACCCUUCUCUCGUGCACCUGUUGCUGAUCUGUCAGUCUGAGCUCUCUCUGUCGCUGCCUCUCAUAUAAACUACUGUAUUAACCAACACCAUAACUCUCUUGUCUUGCUCCAUGUAAAUUACAACCUGGAAAAAUCGAGGGCUAAAAGAAUGGGGAUGCUAAUCGGGUGUAUGUAUAUACAAAUAUAUAAAAGCUUUUGUUUUGUUUUUUUCUUUAAAGUGUGCUCGUCGCAGUUUUUGUUUGUACACUGUUGUUCAAGUGUUUUCAGAUUAGUUCAGAGUUGUAUCUAUGUUUUGGGGUUUAUAUUUUUUUGAACACUUGAUUUUGAGACAAAUAUUCAAUGUUUUUACUGGCAUGUUGGCAGGUUUCUAGAUUUCUUUGUUGUCGCUCUUUCAUUUUUUUUUCUCUUCUAAAAACAAACUGUAUGAUCAUAUGAAUGCAUGCAUUCCUCAAAUCAACCAAAGUGGCAUAAAGAUGCAGGAAACUUGGCUGGGGAGCAACGAAGGAAUAUUUAUCUGUCGUUUUGAAUUGUACCAUAGACAAAUUUCUUGACCUAUUUAACCUUCUAAAGGCAGACAAACCGAACUCCCCCUUCAUUUGUAGAAAGUUGGUUAUAUUCAGGAGGCGCUACAUGAUUGGACCAAAAUAGAAAUGAAAACGCAUUACGUCUAGUUUCUAUAAUUGUACCUUCAUUUAGAUAAAUGAUGCAUGCGCCCCAUUUUCCAGAACAUUGUUUGUUUUUAUGGUGGAUGCAGAAACGGCAAGAACUGGUUCAACGUUACCGUUUCAGACAUAUUUCGCCACAAAACGUCCCUUUUCCAUAAAAUACCACCAACACCAAAUAGCUGAUCCAGUGUCAGUGUUCCCCUCUCCCGUACUAAAUUACAUUUCUGAUACACAUGCAUUGCAGCGGAGCAGUGAAUUACUCGGAGCAUCACUGAAGCCCCUUGUUCCUCAGCUCCUCUUGAUCCUAAACUUCACCUAAUCCUCCGUGUGCAGAGCCACGAACACACGCUACGUUAUUCUGGAAGAUGGGGCCAGGGUGACGUCAGUGUUUCCAUCCCACCGUGCUGUGUUUUUGUACUGCGUUUCCAUCGGCUACCGUUUGACUCAGAAUGACUGUACGGAGUCAAUCGUGUACACCGGCUGGGGCCGAACUGACAUCUAAUCAAAUUCAUGUAUUCAAAGUGGCCAUAUUUAAAUGCGGUCUCGAGAAGUGCACUUUCCCAACGAGCAUUUUCAGACUAUAAUCUUUCUGGCUCAUUGACGCAAGUGUUUGAAUGUAAACGGCCUGAGUUACCGGAGUCUGUCACUGCAGCUUAGUCUGUCACUGCAGUUUAGUGUUCGCCAGUUUUUACAAGAGCUCUUCUACCACUACGAAGAAAACUUUGCUGCUGGAAUAAAAGAAGAAGACAAAAAAAGGUCAUACAGGAUGGAAAGAUUCACAUUUCAACAAGUUGCAUCUUUAAGACUGUAUGUCAGAAUUUAGAAAAGUUGUUUCCCAGUUGUAACUAUGACUUUCAUUGAUGUGAG